AGUAAACCUGUCAUCAAACCUGCAAAAAAGGCUGUAACCCAUUAGCUCAAAUCCCUUUCUUUUCCUCAUGCAAAUCCAAUUACCCAUCAAAAGUAUUCGAAAAAGAAACCCACAAAUUCCUUCCUUUCACUCCAUUCCUUUCUUGCUCUUUCUACUUCCUAGCUUUACUUUAUCUUCUUAUUCAACAACCCUUUCAACCCUACAUUCCCCUGCUAUUCCAUGGCGACUGUAACAGAUAUUGGGGUUUCUGCCCUGUUUAACAUAAUAGGUGCUUUUGUUUUCCUUCUAGCUUUUGCCUUACUAAGGAUUCAACCUAUUAACGAUAGAGUUUACUUUCCUAAAUGGUAUAUCACCGGCAGCCGUAGUAGUCCUAGAAGAAAUGGUGGAAGCUUUGUUGGAAGGUUUGUUAAUCUUAACUUAUGGACUUAUCUUUCUUUUCUCAACUGGAUGCCUCAAGCUUUAAAGAUGUCUGAAUCGGAGAUUAUCAAUCAUGCUGGCCUUGAUUCUGCUGUUUUUCUCAGAAUCUAUAUUCUUGGAUUGAAGAUUUUCAUUCCGAUAACUAUCACAGCUCUAUUGGUUCUGCUUCCAGUAAAUGCAUCCGGGGGAACAUUAUUCAUUCUUAGCAGAGAAUUGGUUGUCAGUAAUAUUGAUAAGUUAUCGAUUUCCAAUAUCCAUCCUAAAUCAUCGAGAUUCUUUGUCCACAUUUCAUUGGAAUACUUAUUCACUUUCUGGACAUGUUUCUUGCUCUAUAAAGAAUAUGGUAAAGUUGUUUCCAUGAGAUUAAACUUCUUAGCCACCCAACAGAAACAAGCUGAACAGUUCACUGUCUUAGUCAGGAAUGUGCCUUCGCCUGGUCCUGAUCGUUCGAUUGCCAAUGCUGUAGAUUGUUUCUUCAAAAAGAACCAUGCUGAUCACUAUCUUUGUCAACAGGCUGUUUAUAAUGCGAAUAAGUUUGCUAAGCUCAUGAAGAAAAGAGAAAGACUUCAGAAUUGGCUUGAUUAUAACCAACUUAAAUCUGAAAGGCAUCCUGAGAAAAAGAGGCCAACCCAUAAGAGUGGCUUUCUUGGUCUAUGGGGAGAAAAGAUGGACUCGAUUGACUUCUAUAAGCAACAGAUAAAGAAUCUCGACGAAAGACUAGCAACGGAGAAGCAGAAAAUCUUGAAGGAUCCGAAAUGUGUUUUGCCGGUUGCUUUUGUUUCGUUUGAUUCGAGAUGGGGUGCUGCAGUUUGUGCUCAAACUCAACAGAGUAAGAAUCCGACAACAUGGCUAACGAAUUGGGCACCAGAACCUCGAGAUGUUUAUUGGAGGAAUCUGGCUAUACCUUUUGUUUCUCUUAGCGUGAGGAAAUUGGUGAUAUCUUUGUCGGUUUUCGCUCUCGUGUUCUUUUACAUGAUCCCAAUCGCAUUUGUUCAGUCGCUUGCCAAUUUGGAAGGUCUUCAAAAAGUUGCUCCUUUCUUGAAACCACUUAUUAAAGUGAAAGCAGUGAAGUCAUUCUUACAGGGAUUUCUUCCGGGAUUAACUCUCAAGAUCUUCUUGUUAGUUCUCCCGAAGCUUCUAAUGAUGAUGUCAAAGAUCGAGGGACAUGUGGCGUUUUCAGUGCUUGAACGAAGAACAGCUGCGAAAUAUUAUUACUUUAUGUUGGUGAAUGUGUUCUUGGGAAGCAUAGUGACAGGAACCGCGUUUCAGCAACUCUAUUCUUUCCUUCACCAAGCACCUACUCAGAUCCCCAGAACCAUUGGGGUGUCAAUCCCACAAAAGGCUACAUUCUUUAUGACAUAUAUAAUGGUUGAUGGAUGGGCAGGCAUUGCGGGUGAAAUUCUUAGAUUGAAGCCUCUUGUUAUAUUUCAUCUUAAAAACAUGUUCAUAGUGAAAACCGAAAGGGAUAGGGAAAAGGCAAUGAAUCCUCGAAGUGUCGAUUUUCCUGAAACUCUACCAAGUCUCCAACUAUAUUUCCUUCUCGGAAUUGUCUAUGCUGUUGUCACCCCGAUCCUUCUUCCUUUCAUACUAAUCUUCUUCGCCUUUGCAUACCUCGUUUAUCGUCACCAGAUAAUAAACGUGUACAAUCAACGAUACGAAAGUGCAGCAGCGUUCUGGCCGCAUGUUCAUGGCCGAAUAAUCGCUAGCCUUUUGAUAUCUCAGUUUCUUUUGAUGGGUCUUCUCAGUACAAAGAAAGCGCUCAAUUCGACUCCUUUUCUUCUUGCAUUGCCUAUACUAACUUUCUCGUUUCACAAGUAUUGUAAACAUCGAUUUGAACCCGCUUUCCGAAAAUACCCUCUUGAGGAAGCAACGGAGAAAGAUAUAGAAGACCAAACUUCGGAACAAGGCCUCAGCGAGUUAAACGGUCAUUUAUCUGAUUCCUAUGUGCACCCUAUUUUCACCUCGUUUGAAGAGGUUGUUGAGUUAACCGAGGUUCAAGUUGACAUAAAACGGAUUCAAAAGGACAAUAAAGUUGGUUCACAUAAAAGCGUGGUCACGAUUCAAGAGGCCCAAUCAUCGAAUAGUGCGUUUUACCAAUACGAAGAGGAACAUGUUGAAAUCGUGCAACAUUAUCAAUCGAUAACAUAGGAACAUUCUAGUGUCUUACAUUAUCGACGAGCUAAUCCGAAUUUUUAUUUUCGUUUGUGGGUGAUUUGGUGUUUGUUUAUGUAGUUUUGUUUUUUUGGUUAUGAGUUAGUUUGUUUAGAUGAGUAGCUUCAACUUCAGUUGUAAUUGUUGGUUAUUAAUGUAAAAUUGAGUGAAAGUGUUCUCAUUCUU